UGGAAACAGCAUCAUGGGUUUGCUUAACCUGAGGCUCAAUUAUAACGCUUCUUCUGCUGCUAUUCAGUCUCCUUUCUCUUUCAACAAUCACUCAUGUAUCACACUUUCUUCUGCUGGAGGCAGGGAAGCAACUUUCAACUCAGCAAGGCUAUCUUCGCUUUUGACCGUAAAUGAAGAAGGAGAAGCAUCCCAGAGAAGCUUUUCAACAGCAUUCAGUUGUUUGUCAUCAGAAUUGGAAACCUUGGACAAUGAUUCUUUAUACAUAGAAGAAAUCAAGGUGAAGAAGGGUAAGAGGUCUAUUAGUAGUGUGCAAGAAAUGCUUAAUAAUACACAAAGACAAAGGCAUUUUGAAAAGGAGAUAUCAACAGCCUCCCUCAAAUUUCAGUCUUUUAGAGUGAUACAUUAUCAUUUGUUAAUGGAAAAUCUAGGCACUUUGGAACAAACUUUAGCUGAUUCUGAAGCGAUUAAAUUGAAAAGUGGCAUUGUAUUGCAACUUGGAAAGCUUGGAGCUCUGAAUUGUUCAAUUUCUGUCUGUCGACGUCUCUUGAACUUGGAGAGCACCAGAAGGAAAACAAGAAAAUAGAUGAGAAGAUAGAUAAAGUUUUUGUUCAGUCUACUAGGAAAAAAUAGAAUAAAAGAAGAACUCGGAAAGCAUUUACUGCUAUGGAAGUUCGGCUGUAGCCGUUGACUUCAAAAGCUAAUGAUAAGGAAUAUAGAUUGCAUUGCCUUCUUGCUUCUGUAAAGAAAGCUUCAAAUCGUAAAAAUAUAAGAAUAAUGGUUGCUAGAAGGGAGGCAGAAAUGUCAAAAGGAGUAAUGGUUACCUGUAUAAAAACUCGUAUAAUAGCUAUAUCUCUAAUAUUAUUCAUUAGAUAGAUUUUGAUAAACUGAUCAUCAUUGAUGACUAUAUAUUCUAAAGUAAUUACUAAUUAAUGAAUUGUAUUUUACAUUUAAGAUAUCUUCUUUUAUUUUAAAAGAAAGAAACAGUUAGCUCUAUGAAAAAAAAAUCAAAUCUAAGGUGCUGUUAUGUACAAAGUACAAAUAUAUAUACGUCGUUAGUCCUGUCUUUUUUUUCCUAAUAAAGAAUGAAUGACCAUUUUAGCA